CGGGCACCACCAGCCCAUAUAACCUGCCGCCUAUAGCGCUUAGCGCAGACUGAGGGUCCCAGCUGGGCGUCUUGGGACAGUAACUUGAGCGCAUUAGGACCUGGAGGGAGCGGGGCGCUCACUACUCUGUGAGCUGCUGCGAGCGAAGAGUCAAGGGCAAAGAAACGUGGCUGUCGAAGCGGUGGGUGGGGAAGUGUCCCGCAGCCAGAGUUGGAUCCAGGAGGGAGGGGAGCCCCGGGACUGCUGCCAGGGCUCGCUACGGAGCCGGGCUGCGCUGGGUGGCAGCGCCUCUGUCAAUCAGCCUGACUCCCCUCCCGCACGCCUGUGUGCUCCAGCUGCCUCCUUGUGUCUCUGCUUCGCUGCGCUCACAGAGCGGCCGCCGCUGCUGCGGGGUGCAUGCACCAGGGGACCGGAGCGGGGCCGAGGCGUCCCCGCCGUGUUCCCGGCGGCACCGGGCUGCCCUCAGUUGGCGCUGGGUAGCGGCGGGGAACUUUAACGCUGGCUCCAAGUGUUGGGCUCGGUCUGCGGUUCAGCUGCAAUGGAUCCUCCAGCGGGGAUCGCCUGUCUGCUGCUCUGCUGUGCGCUCUUCCUGCCCGGGAGCGCCCUGCAGAGCUCCAGGGAGAGAGAUUCUAUUUUGAGGAAUAUAGAGGAAUACAGACUUGUCGUCCCAAUCAGCACAGAUUCAGAGGGCAGGUUCCUAUCUAAUCUGGUGUCUGGACCUCCAAGGGGGCGCUUCCGAAGAGAUGCUGGGGAUAUGCAACAUGAAGCUUCAAAUGAGCAAAUAUUUUAUAAUGUCACUGUUUUUGGAAGAGAGUUUCACUUCAGGCUGAGACUGAACUCUAGGCUGGUUGCCCCUGGAGCAACAAUUGAAUGGCAAGAGGAUUCUAAUGUGACUCAUAUUGAACCACUCCAUGGGAAUUGCCUAUAUGUUGGGGAUAUCACUGAUUUGCCUAACGCUUCAGUUGCUAUAAGCAACUGUGAUGGGCUGGCUGGCAUGAUUCGCACAGACAAAGACGAGUUCUUCAUUGAGCCUCAGGAGAAGGGCAGUCAGGAGGAAGACGGAGGCAGGACGCAUGUGGUAUAUCGCAGAGCAGCUGUCAAGAAGCCACUUCCCACGGAGAACACAGAUAUCCAGUAUAAAGCAGCUGACCUGAGUAAUCUGGAUAACCUUGUCAGUAUGCUGAGCCUCAUUGAAGACCGAGUAAAUAACUCAAGAAAGAGAUAUCGGAGGCAUGCGACUGAUGAUGACUACAACAUUGAAGUUCUCCUGGGAGUUGAUGACUCGGUUGUACAGUUCCAUGGAAAAGAACAUGUACAGAAGUACCUUCUGACCCUGAUGAAUAUCGUGAAUGAAAUCUACCAUGACGAGUCCUUAGGUGCCCACAUUAAUGUUGUCUUGGUGAGGAUAGUCUUGCUGAGCUAUGGGAAAUCCAUGAGCUUAAUAGAGAUUGGGAACCCUUCCCAGAGUUUGGAGAAUGUAUGUCGCUGGGCCUAUCUACAACAGAAGCCUGACACUGCACAUGCAGAAUAUCAUGACCAUGCUAUUUUUCUCACAAGGCAGGAUUUUGGUCCAUCUGGCAUGCAAGGCUAUGCUCCAGUUACUGGAAUGUGUCAUCCUGUACGAAGUUGCACCCUCAACCAUGAAGAUGGUUUUUCCUCGGCAUUUGUGGUGGCCCAUGAAACUGGGCAUGUAUUAGGCAUGGAGCAUGAUGGCCAGGGCAACAGGUGUGGGGAUGAGGUCCGAAUGGGGAGCAUCAUGGCCCCUCUUGUCCAGGCUGCAUUCCAUCGCUUCCACUGGUCUCGCUGUAGCCAACAAGAGCUGAACAGAUAUCUACAUUCCUAUGAUUGUCUGCGUGAUGAUCCUUUUGAACAUGAUUGGCCUUCCCUUCCCCAGCUGCCAGGAAUUCACUACUCCAUGAAUGAGCAGUGCCGUUUUGAUUUUGGUUUGGGCUACAUGAUGUGCACAGCUUUCCGUACGUUUGAUCCCUGCAAGCAGCUGUGGUGUAGCCAUCCCGAUAACCCUUAUUUCUGCAAAACAAAGAAGGGACCGCCACUGGAUGGGACUAUGUGCGCGCCUGGAAAGCACUGCUUUAAAGGUCACUGCAUCUGGUUAACUCCAGAUAUCUUGAAACAGGAUGGAAAUUGGGGAGCAUGGAGUAAGUUUGGCUCCUGUUCUCGAACCUGUGGUACAGGGGUAAAAUACAGGACACGGCAAUGUGACAAUCCACACCCAGCUAAUGGAGGCCGUACAUGCAUGGGGCCAACCUAUGAGUUCCAGCUUUGCAGCACUCAAGAUUGUCCUCAGCAGUCUGAUGAUUUCAGAGAGGAGCAGUGUAGACAAUGGGAUCCUUACUUUGAAUAUCAGAAUACAAAACACCACUGGCUCCCAUAUGAGCAUCUCGAUGCUAAAGAAAGGUGCCAACUGUACUGUGAGUCCAAGGAGACUGGUGACGUAGUGUAUUUGAAACGAAUGGUACAUGAUGGAACCCGCUGCUCAUAUAAAGAUUUUUAUAGCAUCUGUGUGCGAGGGGAUUGUUUGAAAGUUGGAUGUGACAGGGUAAUAGGUUCCUCUAAGCAAGAGGAUAAGUGUGGUGUCUGUGGUGGAGAUAACUCCCACUGCAAGGUGGUGAAAGGAACGUUCUCCAGGACACCAAAGAAACCAGGGUACAUUAAGAUGUUUGAAAUUCCUGCUGGUGCAAGGCACUUGCUUGUACAAGAAACAGAUGCCACCAUUCAUAAUCUUGCCAUUAAGAAUCGAGAAACAGGGAAAUUCAUUUUAAAUGAAGACAACUAUGUACCGGAUUCUAAAGUAUUUGUUGACAUGGGUGUAGAAUGGGAAUACCGGAAUGAUGACGAUAGAGAAACAGUGCAGACCAUGGGGCCUUUGCGCAGUGGUAUAGUCAUUCUGGUGAUUCCUCAUGGUGGUGCCAAGGUUUCUUUGACUUACAAGUACAUGAUCCAUGAAGACUCCUUAAAUGUAGAUAACAACAAUGUUUUGGAAGAUGAUUCAGUAACAUAUGAAUGGGCUCUGAAAAAAUGGUCACAGUGUUCAAAGCCCUGUGGAGGAGGUUAUCAGUUUACGAAAUAUGGCUGCCGGAGGAAGACAGACCACAAGAUGGUUCAUCGGAGAUUCUGCGAGACGAUCCAAAAGCCAAAGCCUAUUCGCAGAGUGUGCAAUCUGCAGGAAUGUUCCCAACCAAUAUGGGUUACAGGAGAUUGGGAGCCCUGCAGCAAAAGCUGUGGAAAAACAGGAUAUCAAGUACGUUCUGUACGGUGUAUCCAACCCCUGCAUGACAACACAAAUCGUUCUGUUCAUACCAAAUAUUGCAACAAUGAUCGUCCAGAAGGCAAAAGGUCUUGCAAUCGAGCACUUUGCCCUGCACAGUGGAGGAUAGGACCCUGGUCACAGUGCUCUGUAACUUGUGGAAACGGCACCCAGGAACGGCAGGCUUUGUGCAGGACGAGAGAGAAUGCUAGUGGCUAUUGUAAAGAUGACAAACCGGAAACAAUGAGGAUCUGCAGACUCUCUCUUUGCCCCAGAAAUGUUUCUGAUCCAUCAAAGAAAACCUAUAUGAUACAAUGGCUGUCGAGACCAGAUGGAGAUUAUCCCAUCCAGAAAAUAUCUUCAAGGGAACGUUGCCAAGGAGACAAGUCCAUGUUUUGUCGCAUGGAAGUUCUCUCUCGUUACUGUUCAAUGCCUGGUUACAAUAAGCUGUGUUGCAAGUCCUGUAACAUGUAUAACAACAUAACAGAGGAUGAUAAUGUAACUGAUUCUAACCUAAAUAAGAACGACAUUGAGGAGAAUCUCCUGUCUACCCUUACUCCUCCUACUGGGGUGGUUGUCAUGCAGGCUACUGCUGGUCCUCCUCUUGUUUCCAAAUCAAACGCCACCCAUUCCAAUGCAACUGAGGACCACCCAGAAAUUAAUGCGGUAGACGUGCCAUAUAAAAUAGAUGGGCUGGACAAUGAAGUACCACAGCACAACCUCAUCCCACGGAGGAGGCUGCCUUACGAAAGGACAAAGAACCAAAGAAUUCAGGAGCUGAUCGCUGAGAAAAGAAAGAGAGAGACUAUUAGUAAGCGACAUUAAAAUGGAAAUAUGGCACAAACAACAUUUUUUUUUCUCUUAUAGAGAUGUUACCACCACCAUAGUAAUGCCCAUGUCAUAAAAAGAAAAAAGCGGUGCUAUGGCAGACAUGCCAAAUUCUAAUGCCUAAAACGAACAGAAAUGUCAGAUUGUUUCAUAAUGUUAGUAUAAACAUUUCAAUGGCUAGGGUUACAGGGUGCUAGAACGUACUAGUGCAAUAUCAGUACAGUAUUUCACUGAAGCCAAACAAACCUAUCACCUAGCCCAGAUCAGCAGGUUUAUUGAUUAUGGGCUCUUUUCACCCCUCAAUGCAUUGCAUAACUCCUAGGGAACGUUAAUGGGAGUUAUAUUGAACAGGGAGGAGAACAGAUCCCAUUACCUACAAAUGCCUUUAAUAGUGACAAUCAGUUGAUCAAGAGAAGCAUUGCAUCAAACAGUACAUUAAAUUACUCCCAGAUUCAGGAAGGUAUUUAAGAACAUGCAUGACUUUAAACAUGCAAGUAGUCCCACUGCCUUAAAUGGGACUAUUCUCAUGGCUACACUUACAUACCUUUCUUAACUGGGACCUUACAUGUGAGAUUCUUUGUACAACCCUAUAUUUAAUCUCAGUUCAGAACUGAUAACCAGUAGUUUGCAUGUUCCCAUAAACAAUUUAAAAGCAUUUGAAUCUAUAAAAAUUAUUUACUAUUUAACUGGACCUAUACAAUUUAGACUGACAAUGUCCUAGUCUUUUGAAUAUCUUUAUUUCAUAGUCUCUAAACUCCUGUAAUACAAUAUCCCCAGUGGUUUUAGUUGACAUUCUUUUCGGUCUACCUUUUAUCCACACUCUGUUUAACUUAAAAUGACUGGAGUCUUUUCCUUUCCUUUCCUUUCCUUUGGUGCUUCAUGAAGAAAAUGUAAUUGUGUGUGUUAACGUUUUCCAUGGUACAAUGUUACACAUUGUUUUCCUUCAGAAUGACAUAUUAUCAAUCUUUCCUUAGGACAGCUCUGGUGCAGCAGACGUGAACAAUUGUUCAUCAUGCUUAUAUAUAAACACAGUACCAAGUUUGCUUAAAUCUUAGAGAUGUGUAGCCUGACAGCUCUUUGAGUACUUCCUUUCCCUGCAAUAUCUUCUGGGAGCUGAAGGCCUAUAUAAGCAACCUCACCAUUUUCCAUAGCUCAUUUUGGACAGCUGGUAGGUAGAAGACACGUUCAACUUGGUGGUUUGUACCUUUUGGCGAGGCCAUGCCUGCUUUCAAAUGCCUCUAUAUAAUGCAAGGAUGUUACCAGCCAACUUACAGGAUAACUAAUGUGAAUAGUAGGUAUUGAGCCUUUGAGCCAAAGACCACUAAGCUCAGUGGAAAGGCUCCCAUUGACUUCUGUGGGUGUUGCAAACCCUGGACUAUUGUAGGAGUAGGAAUUAAAACCUUUGUGGGUAUGAGGUUUAUUAAUUUUGCUCUUGCCUACGGGGUUGACUUUCCCUUGUCUCUUCAAGCUUGUUAAUAUUUUCCAGGGGAUAAGGUCUCUUUGAAACGGCCAGUGCACAUAGAAAAGGUAACGGAGAGGUGGCAAAAUGCUCUCAAUUCAAGUUUUUGAUCUUGAAGUGAGACCACGAUCUUGUAUCUUCUCAGUUGCACAGCUAGCUUGGGCAUAUGCUAAAUUCCCAAUGCAUGUAAGAUGCUCCAUAGCUUCGUUGCUGCUGAAGCAAUGUUGAAUCUGGCAGCCAGGCCCUCACUGAAAAGCAAACCACAACUGGCUUUCUACUGUCCAGGCGGGGGCCCCCAUUGCUGCUUUUAAAUGUUGUGAGUGAAUAGGUCCAUUGCAAAGUAUCCCAGUUUAGAUUGGAAAGAGACAGCGCUAAAAGUAGCUCUGAGUGCACUGAAUUAUUGAAACCAGCAGCUGAAUCUAUGCCCAGCAACUCUUGAAAGGACAAGAGCCAAGAGUUAACAAAAAUAAUUUACAAAGAAUAUUAGACAAAGUAGGAGAGGAGGGGCCAAUUUUAUCCCUGUUGUAAUGCCAUCAGCUUCACUUCCUCACAGGAUGGUGUGGAGGUCAAUUCAAAGUAAUGCUCCUAUAACAACCUCACUUGACAGAAGUUACAUCAGGGCUUGAUAUAGGUAAAGACUCUUGUAACAUCCCUGUGCUUUCAGGGUUCAAAGUAUUAACUCAAGCCACAGCGGCUCAAGGAGCUACACUGAAACUUCUUUAAAGGGGCUAACUGCUAAAGAGGGACAAAGAUCCACACUCUCUCCCUAUACGCUAUACUUACACAACCUCUUCCAUUCUUUUCCUACAAUGGCCUCUUCUCUUGUGGCUGGUGGGAGAACAUUCUAUGAAAGCAUGGGUUUCUUUUUGGUUUUAAAAAAUAAAAUUAAAGGUCCAUACUGUAAAAACACUAAUGAAGACCAGGUUGGUGUAUGUGUUAGGUCAGUUGGUUGAAUUAAUGGCUCAGAUGAAGACAAGAACUCAGGUAUAUCUCCAAGACAGCUCUUCCCUUCUCUAUCUCAUAGAACUGGAAGGGACCCUGCCUUCACUAGCAGGACCAAGUACUGAUUUUGCCCCAGAUCCCUAAAUGGCCCCCUUAAGGAUUGAACUCUCAACCCUGGGUUUAGCAGGCCAAUGCUCAAACCACUGAGCUAUCCCUCCUCCCCUAUCUUAGUAUCAAACAGUUCUACAUUUGAUGCACAACAGCAUCUUCUACAAUCCCCAACUGCAUACAGUCUGCCAAAAGCUUAGGCAGAAAUGGGACAACUACCAGUUUUGGCAAGGAGGAGAAAGGGCAGAAGAGAUAGUAGGAAAAUAUUGUUUGUGGGUAGGGGGGUGUACACAUCCACUCUUUUUGUGAUGGAGGAGAGAUGUAUGAAAGAAGAUAGGCAGUGCAGAGAAGAGGAAAGGGGAAGAAGCUGUGGGUGCAGCUGCUGGCUGAAGACAGUAGGGUAAGUUUCCAUGAUUCCAGAGCUACUUUAGCUUAGCUUGUGAUUUUAUGCUACAUGCUCAGAAAGUGGUGAGGUUGCUAGCAGUGGUCCUGGCUCAUACAGAGGGUGAGUUUGGAGCACCUCAGAUGCAGCCCCAAUAGAUAUAUUAAUAUUUGGCUCAGCACCUGCAAGCUUAGCCCCUUGUGUUAUCAAAGGAGGAGAUACUAGCACCUGUAACAGAGGCACAACGUUAUUAUUAAUCACGUUUAUUAUAUUGUUGCCUAAGGAUCAACCAAGAAUCCCUCCCACACGCUUGUGCUAGGCACUGCACAGAGCAGUAGAAAGGCCCUGCCAUGAGACGCUGGCAGAUAAAUAGACGAGACAGACAUCCUCUCUCUUUGUUUUUCCUGUGUGCUCCCAAGCAUUGCUGAGUGUGACCUGUGCUGUCUGUUAGGUGCCCACAGGUCUGAGCAUGUGGGAGUUUAACAUUAUGCAGCAGCAGCCUUUCCUGGGGGUUUCACUGCAGAUAACAAGUUUAUCUGACAGACCCUCACAGGCUGGUUCAGAGGCUGCCAUGUUAUUUGCAUAAAAUAUAAAAGUGAAGUCAUGGGCUCCAAAAAGGAAAAAUUGGGCAACUUUUAUCUCAGAAAGUCUUAGCUAAAACAGCCCCCGUUCAGCUGCUAUGCAUAAAAUCUAGAUUCAGGACAAAGCGGGAUAGGUUUGAAUUCACAGCUUGUAGAAAUAUGAGCUACUUUAUGCUUUCCCCUGCUCUAUUGUGACAGUUCAACUUAAAGAAUACUCUCCUCUUUCCCUUUACCACCCUAACAUUAGGUCGAUGAGGGCAAUACAAUAAACAGGGAGGCGUUGAUGAAUGCUUGCAAAAUUCAUUUGGUCGCUUUGAUGGAUAACAACCCUGUACAGUCCUCUGGCACCUUCUGGGGUCAUAUUUCCUUCUUCAUAUACAGCCAUGAUAGAACAUAUUUAAAUGGUUUCUGCUGCUCUUGAGUGCAUGGAAUAGGUUUAGCGAGCCAGGAUAUCCAGGAAGAAAUACAUGACUAAACCCCCCACAACUCAAAGGUUGCCCUACAAUUUACCCAUUACCUUCAUAGAGAGGGUGGAAUGUUGUGUGUCAGAAUCUAACAGAAAAGCCACAUUUUCACUGAAACAUCCCACUCUAGGAAAGAGCAAAUUCGGGGGGUGGGAGGGUGUCUGCUUUUCUGUAUCAUUUCACACAGCUCUACACUGCACUCAUGGUUUGCAUAGUAGCAAAUGACUAGAUGCAUUCUGGCUUAUAUUAGAACUAUAGGAGAGCCAGGGCUGAACCCUCUGGAGAUGAAACUUUUGUCAACCUCACGAGCUGCAUUUUGAGUUUCAAAGCUACUUCAAAGUUCAGAAACAGUUUGGCACUUCAACACUUUCCCCCAGCCCAAGGAGGAAUCAGUUCUUAAAAUCAAACAAACAAAAAAACCCAUUUACCAAGCUCAAGGCAAGCCCACGCUGUAUAGUAGAAACAGACCACACCACAGAAAACAAGGCUGGUACCAGUCUACAUAUGGCAUUCAUUAGGGGCCUGACUGAACCAAUGCCCACAAAAGUUAACGUGUGUCUUUCCAUUGCGAGUAUUGGACCAGACCUUAGAGUUUCUCUAUUUCUGACCUAGAACUCUUUCCUUUUUCAGGCUCUCUGUACUGAGCUUUCACUCUGCCUUCUCCUUGCUUUAUUUUUGACUAUUUUUAAGUCCAGUGGAUUGCUUUUCUAACUUAGGCUAUUGUUUUGUUUGUUUGUUUUGCAUGAAGUCAGUGACAUUUGAACACAAGUCAGACUCUUCAGUCCAUGUUGUUCAGCAGGGUAAGAUACUGGCCAAUGAGGGUUUGCCCAGCCCUCUGUGAAACAGAGCUGGCUGCCACCUUCUCUUUACAAUAUUUCCAUAUGAGAAAGAAUCUUACCCUAACUGAUAAGAACUGCAUUCCUUUAAGCUGACCAUAGUGUUUCCAGUUCACACAGACGUGAAAAACCUAAAAACCUUUCAGGAUUUGGGCCACUCAGGUUAAGAGUGGAAGCAAUAGUUGGGGUCUGGCCCACAGCUGUUUUGGUUCCUUUUCAUGUGGUGGAAUAGAUGGAUUGUUUACAGGCCUGGUAAACUUUGGACAACAGCUUCCUCUUGCACUGCUACUUUUAGUAGCAUAGUUAUAAAUUGGGCAAAAAACAGAAUUUUAUUACAUGUUUUUUAAUGUUUAACCAUCGCAUAGGCAGUACCUUUUGAUGCCUCACAACCCCAGGGUACCAAUUUAACACAAUACCCAGGAAUAAAAGAAAGGAAUCUACAUCCUUGUAGAUCGGCUAUUUCUAUAGUUGCCACUGGCUGGCUGAUCUGAAAGCUGAAACAGCGUUCUCCCUUCAGAGAGAGGAUUGCCUGGUAGAUAUUCAUACAGUCAUGGAGAUUAAGGGUUUAGGGGCCCAGCCCCAUGCACAUUAAAUCCAACCACCAAAUUAAUGCAUCCAGAUGUUGAACGCAAGCCCAUCAACUUUCUAAAUUAAUCUUUCUCAGCUCAGUAUCUUAAAGAGACUCUAAAAAUUAACCGUAUUUCCUUUGGCUCCAAUCAACUCCCAUUUUUAACUCACCUAAUAUUCCCUUUAGAAUUCCUGUAAUCCAUGGUAUUCAUUCACCAGUCCUCAUUUUAAUACCUUCCAUUCAAUAUUUAGAUUCUCUCAGUACUCACUUAAAAUUCUUUAAGCUAUUUGAACAGUCUAUAAAUGGUGCUUUACUAGUACUCAAAGGGUCUGUAUGAUUUACUUUAUUAUAUAAUGCAUUUAAUACUUUAUAUAUUCACCUACAAUGCACAGUAUUGGCUAUGUUCGUCUGAAUAACUGUAUGGCACUGCCAUUCAAUUACAAUACAUACAUCCUCACAGCAAUUGCAAUGAAUAGCCAUUUCUUGUAUAUUAAAAUGUAUAUACAAAUUAGAACUUUUAAUUUUAUAAUUUAUUAAAGUUCAAAGAUCUGUGUU